AUGUCGUUCGCUGCCAGUCUUUUUGGAACUGGCGAGUCCUCAUCUGAGGCCAAAAACGUUGAGUCCAUGUUUAAGCAAAUCAUGGACGUCCUUCAUCAAAACCAUCGUGAUAUCAGCGAACUCAGGCAUGAGUGCGCAGAGUUGAGAAUGGCGAAUGCCUCACUGGAAAGACAGGUUCGCGAAGGCCUCCAGUACAACAUGUACAACUCUCGUAAUGGAACCCCUGGCUUCAUGACGCCAGCACCUCCAAGUCCUCAACUCAGGCCUAAACUAUCCCCAUUCUUAAUGCACAGUAUACCAGCUAUUACUACAACUUCUCCUUCCCCUGAGCACAACUACUAUCGACCAUCGCCUUUGGGGGAUAAUACUUUAACAGCAUUUCCUUUUGUGAACCGCGACAUUCCAGGCUUUUACGUCGUUAUUCCCGCCGGUGGUGCUGGAACUCGCCUAUGGCCCCUGUCGCGUGAAGGGCACCCCAAAUUCCUGUUAGAUGUUACUUUGAAGGGGCGGUCGCUCAUUCAAGCUACAUGGGACCGUCUCAUACCGCUUACUUCUGCCGCCAGAACUACCAUUGUAGCUGGCCCAGCUCACGUCAAGAGUAUUCGUGACCAACUCCCAGACCUUAUUCCCGACAACUUAUUCUGUGAACCUGGGCCCAAAGACUCUAUGGCCGCCAUUGGUCUAGCUGCUGCAAUUCUCGCCCAGCGGGAUCCUGACGCUGUCAUCGGAUCGUUUGCAGCUGAUCAUAUGAUUUCCGGCGACGAUGCAUUUCUUUCAGCUGUCGCCGAGGCUGUCGAGGUCGCCCGCAAAAAUUACCUUGUCACAAUUGGUAUUGCUCCCUCGCACCCCUCUACCGGAUUUGGUUAUAUCCGCCUCGGCGAUAAACUUGCAAUGAAGGAGGCGCCAAAUGCUAGACUGGUUUCUAGCUUCAAGGAAAAGCCUGAUGCCAGGACUGCUGCCCAAUAUAUUGGCACGGGUGCCUAUCGCUGGAACGCGGGUAUGUUCGUUACGAAGGCGACUGUAUUGCUCGAUCUUCUUGAAGAAUACAAACCCGAGUUGGCGGAUGGCCUCAGGAAGAUUGCCGCUGCUUGGGAUGACGAGUCUCUUCGUGAGACUGUUCUUAGUGAAAUUUGGCCUGGUUUGGAGAAAAUCCCCAUCGAUAAUGCAGUGGCAGAGCCCGCCGCUGCACAGGGUCGUGUUGCUGUUGUCCCCGCAACGUUUGGUUGGGACGAUGUCGGUGAUUUCUCUUCCCUUGCGGACCUACUACCCGCCGAGGCCAAUCAACCCCGUGUCCUUGGAGAUCACCAUCUCGUACUUACUGAACAAGUAGCUGGUGGAAUUGUUGUGCCCGGCUCUGGACGUCUGAUCGCAUGUCUAGGUGUCGACGAUUUAGUGAUUGUGGAUAUGCCCGAUACCCUCCUUGUCACCACCAGAGCUCGAUCUCAGGAAGUCAAACGUUUGGUCAAGAAAGCUCGUGAUGCCGGAUGGAAACAACUUUUGUAA